CCAAAAUGUUAAAACGCAGACGUUCUUAUGAUCUUAUCCACUUCCAAGUUCCAACGGUUCCAAUUCCUCAAAACUUGCUUCCCAUGGGCAUUAACUACUUUUCAUAGCCACUCACUCGCUUGUCGCUUCAGUCUCAGUAGCUCGAUUAAACAAAAAUGGCGCUCUCUGCUUCCGCCAUCACAGGCCCCAAAUCGCUCUGCCGCGCUCAAACCCCUCCCUCCAUUUCAAAACCCACUUGCUCGUGUUCUCGCUUCUCCUCUUCGCAACCCCAAUUUGCAGAAAUGGCAAUAGUAACCGCUCUUUAAACUCUGUUCCCAAGCGGAAGAAUCGCAUAGUUGACGUGGGCAUCGAGCUAUUGUCGGCUUCGAUUCUGCUCUGUCUCCGAUGGACGCCGACGCCACCAGGAUCAUCGAGUACUACGCCACCGUGGGAGAGCCUCUGUGCGAGUUCAGCUUCGUCCGAUCUGGGCUCGGCUACUGUGAUGUCGCUGAAGGUCCCGGUGAAGAGGCGCCGUAUGCCGAGUUGAUCAAUAUACAUUACACUGCUCGAUUUGGUGAUGGGACGGUCUUCGAUAGCAGUUACAAGCGUGCUAGAUCGCUGACCACGCGGAUUGGCGUUGGUAAGGUGAUUAAGGGUCUGGAUCAGGGGAUUUUCGGUGGUGGUGGAGUACCUCCGAUGCACAUAGCUUGUAGAGAUGGCCUAAAGCAGUACUGUCACAGGCCACACACAGGUGGUAAGCGUAGGCUUCUUAUUCCUCCAAAGCUAUCAUAUGGACCAGAACCUGCAGGCUGCUUCUCAGGUGAUUCUUACCAUUGCCAAAGCAGAGAAAUGUGUUGCAACCGCCCCUCCAAUCUGGAGGCGCGGUUGCGACAGUGGCGACUCCGCUGGGGAAUCUUAUGAGAGUCAAACUACAUUAAUCGUCGAUAAGCUUUUCUUACUUUCUUAUAAUGGGUGUUAUGUGUUUAUUACAUCAAUUUGUGAUGUGUUUCAAAUUUUUUUUUUUGCAUCCAUGCAUAAAGCUCUAUUCCCGAGUUGUCCUUAUAGCAAAAAAGGAAGAAAGUAGUGUGACUACUACAAUAGUAGGGGAAAUGCGAAAAUUUCCCAAGCAGGUUGAACUCAAAUCCGAGGAUGAUUUGGGGUAUCAUGCUAAAACUCGAAAGGGUUAUAGUGUGGUACAACUUGGGAGCCUGAUUCCUUAAGGUCCCUAUCCAACAAGUUUGCCUAGAAACUACCUAAGCCGCAACUUAAUCCCAGAGCCUACCCCAAAAACACGCCGUUAUGCUGUUGAAAAAUCCCUAGGGCUGCCUAACUAGGUUGUUUUAUUAUUAAUACAAAUGUGACGUAUUUAUUGCUCGUUUCUUUCCUAAAUGCUAAAUGUUUAUUGCUCAUUUCUUUCCUGUUCGUUAUUUGAGAAGUGGACUGUAACAUGAGUCUGUUUCUUUCUCAUCAUAAGUAAAAAACCAUUUUCUCGAAACAAUUAAAAAAAUUUACAAUGAUCAUAACACACAUUCAUCACCAUCAUCAUGCAUUCUCAUGUUAUGAUUGUCGCGUACAGUUAAUUUGGAAUCUAUUAUGUAUGAUGUUAGAUGGAUCAAAUGGCGAGAAACCUAGUCGAACACAACAUAGCUAUCAUCCCCAACUUCAUGCCCGGACCGGCAUGGGCAUAUCCAAUGAUUGACAAUAUGAGAAGGCUGUCAGUGGAGAUCGCACUAGACAUCAUGUCAAGAACUCUUAAAGGGUAUUCUGAGUCCUUUGUUGAAAGAUCAAAAAGGGAAUUAAUCAACACCCAUGGAUACUAAAAUGCUCUAGUGGAAUACCUCGACUGGUAUCCAGAGCUCAUGUGUCUGAAUUUGUUCUAUAUACCGUGAAAUGAGUAUCAAGAAAUGUCAAAAGAAAUUUAUUGUAUGCUGAGGCAUAUGGUGCGUUUGAACUACAUAGGGUUUAUCCUUCAUAAACCCACACUAAGACGAUGUCUUCAACAAUGGAUUCUCUUUCCAAACAACAUCAAUCUCUUUGGAAGAUGGCUCCUCGAACAUGCCCAGAUCGGCGGAUGGCUUGGGCUCGUGAUGGAUCCAAAGACUCUAAACUAUAUGGCCAUUACGCUUCACAUGAACAGAGAAAUUUGGGUGGUCGAAGAGGGGUUUGAACUGGUGGAGACCCAAAGGGCCGUACUGGAAGGGAGCUCGAAUGAGAAUCCGACAAUCGAACAAUCUAGGGUGACCAGAUACUGGAUGAUUCUGAAAGAAAAACUCCGUGAUCUGAAUCACCUCUUGCCACAUCAAGUUCCAGCAGUGCUCAUGUCCCAAGAAGGUUAUCACUAUGAUGGAAGAAUCAAGGAGUGUUACUUACCAACACUCGCCAUGACAAACAACUUAAUAGAAUAAAAUAUUAUGGUCUGAGGCGAGUGGCAACAUCUCAUGCCUUUUUAAUCGAACAAGCUUUCGUUGAGGAAGUGCUCCUCCCAGAGCCAGCGCUUCCACAUCUGUGAGAAGAGAAGAAGUCGUUGGGAGGUCGACCUGUGGAAGAAAGGUCGACACUUUUGGAAAUUUUUUUGACCCAAGGCCUCUUCGUAGAAAGAAGCUUGCGGUCUUGAUGACUUUUCCAUUUAUUAUAGUAAUGGGGAAGAUGUCUGGGAUAGAGUGGCUAGUGACGCCACCUUUGUAUAUAUUCUGUAAAUAACGGAAGUUUGUCCUAGUUGAUUGAAUAAAAAAUGUGAUUUUUGUAUCUGAC